UAUUGUCAUAAGUUCCGAGAGAGAGAGAGAGAGAGAGAGAUGGAGGAAGAGGAACAUGAGGUUUAUGGGGGAGAUAUCCCAGACGAGGGAGAGAUGGAAGGGGACAUGGAUGGGAACACUGCCGAUGUCGAGAUGACUAGGGCGGACGAAGAUGCUGUCAAGGAGUUGGACGAGAUGAAGAAGCGGUUGAAAGAGAUGGAAGAAGAAGCUGCUGCCCUUCGUGAAAUGCAGGCCAAAGUUGAGAAGGAAAUGGGUGCCGUACAAGAUCCUGCUAGUGCAGCUGCAACUCAGGCAAGUAGGGAGGAGGCAGAUUCUCGAUCAGUUUUUGUUGGCAAUGUUGAUUAUUCAUGCACCCCAGAGGAAGUGCAGCAGCAUUUCCAAUCAUGUGGAACAGUGAACAGAGUGACUAUAUUGACAGACAAGUUUGGCCACCCAAAAGGUUUUGCUUAUGUGGAAUUUGUGGAAAUAGAAGCAGUUCAAGAGGCUCUCCUCCUAAACGAAUCUGAAUUACAUGGCCGCCAAUUGAAGGUUUUAGCUAAAAGAACCAAUAUUCCCGGGAUGAAGCAAUUUCGUCCACGACGUUUUAAUCCAUACAUGGGGUACCGUUUCCGGAGGCCGUAUGUACCUCCAUAUUUUUACUCUCCAUAUGGAUACGGGAAAGUUCCCAGGUUCAGAAGGCCAAUGCGUUACAGGCCCUACUAUUGAAAGGCUCUGUUAAAGUAUGCAAAUGGAAGAUAAACACAUAUACAGUAUGCUCUACUUGAGACUUGAGAGUCGUCCGACAAUAAUUAAUUAUUGGAGGACUACCUUAUGAAUGACGAGUCUCUUUGCUUUAUAACCGCUAUCCAUUUCAGACAUCGUGACCUCUCCCAGAUAGAGUAGAACAAAAAAGCAAACUUAUCUAAUACUCUGCUUGAUGGUAGACAAUGCGAUUAUGUUGUUUGGAUAUUUACCUAAAUCGUGUGGCUGGUAUCUCCAUUUUGGGCCUGUAGUCUAUAGAUACUUGGUCCUCUUAACACCCUGAAUUUAUAUAUCUAGGAUUAAACAUUUUGACUUUUA